GUAUGUUGUUUAUGUUUCAGAAUGGCAGUGGACUGGAUUGGCUAUAGUUAUGCAGUUUUAGUGGCCUCUGGUGGGAUAAUUGGCUAUGCAAAAGCAGGCAGCGUCCAGUCUUUAGCUGCUGGACUUCUCUUUGGUGGGCUAGCUGGACUGGGUGCUUAUCAACUCUCUCAAGAUCCAAAGAAAAUAUGGAUAUCCUUGAUUGCUUCUGGAACUUUAGCUGGCAUUAUGGGCAUGCGGUUCUACAACUCGGGGAAAUUCAUGCCUGCAGGACUGAUUGCGGGGACCAGCUUGCUGAUGGUUGGGAGGCUUGGACUGAAGAUGUAUGAAAAGCCACACAAUGGAUAAAGUGGACAUUUUGUGAGAUUCAAGAGGCGCUAUGUGCUGUGUCAGUGAGAAAGAAUGAAUGCACACUCCAAGCAUUUAAUGACCUAAUAAAAAAAAGGGGGGGGGGGAAUUGACAGUUUCAUCACAGGUACAAGAAUAUCCUUUCUGCAUCAACUGUUUAUGGUAUAGAAAUUGUUAUAGUAACUCAUUUUGUUACUCUUGAAUUUUUUAAAAAAAUUCCUCUCCCCCUGUUCUCCGGUGUAAAAACAUUAUCUUCAGUCCCCAAGAGCAUUUCUAUUGGCUGGAUUCCCAUCCACAGACUACAACAUUUUUACAGCCCCCCCCCCCAAUUCCCCCCAGGAAUGCUACUCCUGGGGGGCAGAGGGCCCCAGAAACAGUAUUGGGGAUGGGGGCAGUUGAACUACAAUGUGAAGGGAGAAGUUAGAAAGCCAUGCUUUGGAGACAGAAAUCAUUCCACUCAUGAAAAUGCCAUGAUUGAUGCUCCCGUUAUGUCUGAUUAGAAAGGGAGAGGCAAGCGGUUUGCUUAAUUAGAAAAAUAACCUAAAUUUGAAGAAGGUGUGUGUAAAUGGCAUACCUUCUGGUUUCAUGUGUUUUGUUAUCAACAGGGCAGUGGCACAUAAGACCCCUUUCUGGGUUUCCUGAUCAUUCCCAGCUCCAGUGCUAACAAUUGGGAGGGAAAAUGUCUUGCCCCUUUAACUGAAGCUCUGUGGGAUGUUAUUUAACAGGGUGAUGUCUUUCACCUCUGUGCUGUGAGGAGCUUCACCUGCCAAUAUUUAGCUUCUGUGAAAGGGACAAGACAUCUUUUUCUCCAGGCUGUUGGCAGCCCUGGUAUUAUAGAUCAGGGGUGGCCAACGGUAGCUCUCCAGAUGUUUUGUGCCUACAACUCCCAUCAGCCCCAGCCAUUGGCCAUGCUGCCUGGGGCUGAUGGGAGUUGUAGGCAAAAAACAUCUGGAGAGCUACCAUUGGCCACCCCUGCUAUAGAGGAAGGACUUUUUGACCCACAUGCUGAUGCAGGCUUACUGUGGCAACAUAGUGCAGCAAAAACACUUCGUGGGUUUAUAAAGGCAAAUGAGGCAACGUUGGAGAGAUCUGUCUGUCUGAAGUCCUAGAUGACAUCUCUGCUGCAGCACAAGUCUCAGCAAAGGCCCCAACAGAGAGGUGGUUGCCUGUGUAUGAAUGUGAUAUGAGCCUUCAUCAGUAAAUCUAUUUUUGUAGACUGUGAGAAUGUUUUCCUAGAAAAAUGUCUUUUGCUUAAUAUAUACAGAUAUAAUUAUGGCUCUGACUAUUACAUGAAAAUCCAUUUUGAUUAGCUUAGUACACUCCUGUAUUCUUCUUUCCAAAUCAACUUCUUUUUUUUACUAAUUUGUAAUAUAAGGUAUAAUGAAAUUGCUGAUCAUGUAUCGAUUUAUUUUUUAAAACAAUAGAAUGAAGAAAAUAUUGAACUCUGUUCACAUUUUCUGUUCUUUGCAGCAUUAAAACCAAACUUAAAA